AUGGUCGCGGCUCGUCUGCGCCUCGCGCCGCCUCUGCUCCUCGCCGCCUCUGCGUGGGCCUCGCUCGCCUCCGGCAGCGAGUGCAGCGACAAGCACGGGCCCCGGCUCGGCGCCGUCGCCUCCGAGAGCGGCAUUUGCAGCAGGAUCGGCGCGCGGCUGAUCCAGGAUGGCGGCAACGCGGCCGACGCCCUGGUCGGCACCGUCUUUUGCAUCGGCACCGUCGCCAUGUACCACAGCGGCAUCGGGGGCGGCGGCUUCCUGCUGCUGCGGACCGCCAACGGAACGUACGAGUACCUCGACUUUCGCGAAACCGCGCCGGCGGCAGCCUACGAGGCCAUGUACAAGGGCAAUGUCAAGGCUAGCAUGUACGGCGGCCUGGCCAGCGGAGUUCCCGGAGAAUUGCGUGCCACCGAAUACCUCCACAAAACGUACGGCAAGCUGAAAUGGGCCGACGUCAUCGCCCCGUCCAUCAAGCUCGCUCGCUACGGCUUCACCGUCACCGAGGACCUCGUCAAGUACAUGGAUUCCGUGUCGCCCAACGCCUUCCUGACCGAGGACCCGACCUGGGCCAUGGACUUCGCCCCCCGCGGCUGCCGCGUCGGGCUGGGCGAGACCAUGACGCGCAAGCGCUACGCAAACACCCUCGAGGCCAUCGCGGAGCAGGGCGCCGACGCCUUUUACACGGGCGCCAUCGCCCGGGCCACCAUCAACGCCCUGCGGGCGGCCAACGGCACCAUGACCAUGGACGACCUCGCCAACUACACCAUCGCCCACCGGAACCCCAUCAGCAUCAACUACCGCGGCUUCAACAUCACCAGCACCAACGCCCCGUCCAGCGGAGCCGUGGCGCUCAGCGCUCUCAACAUCCUCGCCGGAUACAACAGCGGCCAGUUCCAGGAGCCCAGCCGCUCCAACCUCUCCACGCACCUGCUGGUCGAGGCCAUCAAGUGGGGCUACGGCCAGCGCACCAAGCUGGGAGACCCGUCCUUCGUCUCCGGCCUCGACAAGUACACCCUGGACAUGAUCUCGGCAGACACCGCUGCCGAGAUUCGCUCCAAGAUCCUCGACGACAAGACCUUCAACGUCUCGUACUACGACCCCCAGGGCAUCGAGUCCUUGGAGACGCCCGGCACAUCGCACAUUGUCACGGCUGACGCCUCGGGCAUGUCCGUGUCCAUGACCACCACCAUCAACCUGCUGUUCGGAUCCAACCUCAUGGUCCCGGAAACCGGCGUCAUCAUGAACAACGAAAUGAACGACUUCAGCAUCCCCGGGGAAAGCAACGCGUUCGGUUACAUCCCCAGCACCGCCAACUUCAUCAGGCCCGGCAAGCGUCCGCUGUCCUCCAUCUCUCCCCUCAUCGCAGAGACGCCCGACGGCAAGCUGUUCUUCUCCAUUGGCUCCGCCGGGGGUAGCCGCAUCACCACGGCCAAUAUCCAGAAUGCCAUCCAUUUGAUAGACGGCAACAUGACGACGGCGGCAGCCCUCAAGGAGCCCAGGCUGCACGACCAGCUGGUGCCAGCCUACGUCACCUUUGAGACGACGUACAACAACGCCACCGUCGACUUCCUCAGGGCCAUAGGACACAACGUGACUUGGGUGGCGCCAGGCCAGAGCACCGCGCAGGCUCUGCGGCAGUUGCCAGAUGGGACCUUUGAGGCGGCUGGUGAGCCGAGACAGAAGAACUCUGGUGGUUAUGCCGUGUAA